GCAUCCUGUUACGAUACAAAAAAAUGACAUUUGAAGCAGCUUUAAGACUCUCUACCGAUUUUAAAAUAGUUAGUCGACGAAAAAGGAUCUAUGCAAAUAUACUUAAUCCAGUGAAAUAUUAAUUGUUAAUAAAUUAAUUCCAUAAAAUUGCCAAUUAUAAUAUUGAAUAAUAUACUAGUAAAAUAAGUUAACUGGUGAUUGUAUAAGUUGAAGUGAUUAAAUAAUUUUAUAUUUCGUUUGUACGAUUACGUUGAAUCGUUGAAGUUUACAUUUCUUUUUUUUCCUUGUAACAUAUUCUUUACUGAGUGAUACGGAAGAGGGUACCAGUAACCAGACAGAGUAUAUAAAUAUUAAAUGUGUAAAUUUUCUGUAAAUAUUCAAUAUUAGAAAUUUUACAUAAAGAUGAAUUUUACUAAAUACGAAAUUAAAAAAAAAUAUUUUUCGACUAGACCAUUGAUAAAUAUUUAUUUUGAUUAUUGCUUAAUCUACGUAAACUAAAUCAAUGCUGCGAGUGUAACUCGAGCGAAUCAAGAGUAUGUUAAGGAAAAACAAAAUUAUCAGAAAACGAGAAGAAUUUGGACAUUCGUUAGGAUGGGCCACGCCAAAGAAAGACAAGAAUUUGAUAAAAAAUCAAUGCACGAAUGUUUUAUUAAAGCAUAUAAAAAUCUAUUUGCACAAUUGUAGUCUGGUAGGAUGUAAAUAUCUGGCAGAACCACGACGUCCAUGGACGGAAAGAAUUUUUUGGAUAAUCGUACACGUCAUAUCUAUUUACCUACUUGGACACACCGUGUAUACAAUCUAUGGGCAGUAUCUCCAAAGUCCAAUAGUAACGACACUGGACACUCAUUACUAUCCAUCGUAUAAUCUGCAAUUUCCCGGAGUAGCUGUAUGCAGCAUAAAUCGAAUAAGUCGAGAAGCUGCGACGAGACUAGCGAGAAACAUCUUUGUCGCAAAUAAAAGUAAAAUCAAAGAAGAAACCAUUUUGGAUAUGAUUUGGUCUUUAGGAGAUGUAUACAGCACUGUAUACGAUGUUGCGUCUGAGCCAGUGGACAUUGAUAAAUUAUUAAGAAAAUAUUAUGGUGGUCCAUACGAUAUGUCCAGUAUUAUGAAGGAUUUGACGCCCAGAUGCGAGGAUAUUUUCGUUUCCUGUAAGUUUGAUUCCAGAAGCCAGGAUUGUUCAGAGAUCUUUGACUUCCUGGAGACGCAGGAUGGUUUCUGCUGCACCUUUAAUUACAUUCGAAAUCGAAAUUACAAGAGGUCGUCUGAGGCCAACAAACCUGAUAAGAUACAUCAUAUAAAUAGUUUGGGUGCAGCGGGUGGACUCUCAGUUAUAUUGAAACCUUUGCUCAGAGAUUAUUUUUUUCCCAUUCUCCCUCUUCAGGGAUGGAAGGUGACGAUUUUCAAUCCAAACGACUAUCCUGACAAUACUAGUGGCGGUGUUACGGACGUAUUGAUCUCGCCAUUAAUGGAGGCUUUUUUACAAAUGGAUGCUAUAUUCUUUCAUAGUACAGAUGGCAUCAGGAACUUUCCAAUUAGAAAACGGAAAUGCGUCUUCGAUGACGAGACGGAUGUAUACAGAGGAUAUACGUAUAGUGAUUGCAUCGUUAAUUGCAGAGUAAAGGACAUAUGGAAAACUUGUGGUUGCAGACCAUUUUUUUACCCAGAAUCAACAAUUAAGGGAACGAGUCGAAUUUGCGACAUGACCGAUAUCGAGUGUUUGCAUAAAAAUAAGGCGAAAUGGUGGUCCCCGUUACCUAACGAAUUAAAAGCUGGUGCUAAUAUUACGGAAUCCUUCGUUUGCGAUGAAUGUUAUCCCACUUGCAACGACGUUCGUUAUCAGGUGUCGACUUCAUGUUUACAAUUGAAAACCGGCCUCUAUCAUGUAGCAGAUCGAUUCAAUUUCACUGUAGAGGACGAGAGCAUAGUACAUGUAUAUUUUACCAAGUAUGGUACUCUAAAGCUUAAGCAAGACCUUGCUUAUUAUUGGUACGAACUUUUGAGCAAUAUUGGUGGAAUUUGUGGAGUUUUCAUUGGCUUCAGCCUCAUCAGCGUCCCAGAAAUAAUUUACUUUUUGAUUUUACCUCUUUUGAACUGUCGUGGAAGAGCACCGAAUGGGCACCGCAUGAAUCCAGCAAAAAACGAGCCAGCCACCGUGCAUGCUCUAUACUGGAACGAACUCCAGCCACGUUCGCAAAAUCGAAAAGGGCGAAGACGACGAGCCAACGUCGUGGGAUCAGACGGAUCAGACAAAUACACCGUUAGAGCCCUAGAAGAACCAGGCCCAUCGCUUGGUGUCACAUCGAGCAGCAGCACCCUCCAUCCAAUUCCAUGGAGCCCAUACCGUCUCUAAUUAGAGGACCAGUGACAAAUUAGAGAUCGUUGCUCAAAUAAAUCGAGGGUCCUUCUUGGUCGCAUAUUUGCCGUUUCAUUCAACAUCCCCAUUUGCUCCUGA